CUUCCGCUUAAUUAUAGUUUCUAUCACAUAUAUGAAAGCCACUAUGAAAAAGCUAAAAUCAAAGCCAUAUAAACCAGUGUUGCAUUCAUGGCAGGCCCAGUUAAUGCAAGCGCUAAUGAUUGUGUGUCUGGCAGUUGCUAGCACAGCGUUCUACGUAAAGUACCUACGGCUGCCACCGCAAAUCUAUCUGUCGGGCAUUCCAGGCACGGAGCCUUCUGAUGUGCAAGUGAGACACCAGACAAUUGACCUGAAGUUGCCAUUAGAGAUAACGGUGUACAAUCCCAACCUGGUUACAGUGCAUGUAGACACAGUACACUUGCGGGGGCGGCUGAAGGGCACAGAGCAGUUUAUAUUCCGCACGACAGUGCAUGACCGUAUUCUGGAGAAGCGCGGGAACACAGUGUUUGUGCAGAAGGUCGACUUCAAUUACGAUAUGCGGCGGGACACAGAUAUGCGGAUUUUCGGCGACCUGAUGAGCAAGUGCCGGAACCUGCGUGAAUCGCCGCCGCUUGAAAUUGAAUAUGUUGUGGACGCAACGUAUACGGCCAUGGGAUUCAGCGGUGUGAUGCAUACGAUGGGGGUGACGUAUCUGGUGUGCCCGCUGAGCAUGGUGCAGUUUACGGUGCGCGAGUCCAUCAACACAAUCCACAAGCACUCGCACCAGAUGCUGGUCAGCUCGUUUGAGCUCGUCGAAGGCGCUGUCGGCGUGUCGGCCAAUGUGAUGAAGCGGUCGCUGAACAUUAUGCGCGCACUGGGCGACCACUUUAUGUCGUAACACACGCAAUCUUUACCUAUAUAUAAGAUUUUAUAGUCGAAGUGUCUGACCGUCCGCUAGAAAUUUUUUAUUUGGUUAAAAAAUAAAACUCUUAAG